CGUCUCUCGUGUCGCGUUUUCCCGCUUCCCCUUCCUCGCAUCUACUCAGGAGGAACUCUGCAAUUCCAUUCAUCAUUUGUCAUUUUCGUUCCACUUCAACAGCAAAAGUCAAAUAACUGAGCCUUCUUUCUCUCCCGUUUCAUUUCUGUAUUUAUAAAAUCCAAUCUCUGGUAUUUCCCUUGAGCCGCAGAAUUAUUCCCUAAAGUAAUCAGCUUUCGAAAAAUCGAAGCAACUCCCCGCACUACAAAGUGAGCUCAGAGGCAGGGGAGAAGGGAGGAGGAGAAGAAACAUGGCUGGUUACCCGCACAGCAACGGCGGAGGCGGAGGAGGUCAGUGCCCCGCGGUUCCCUCUCACGGUGGUCAGUUUGUUCAGUACAACAUAUUUGGGAAUCAGUUUGAGAUCACCCCAAAGUACCGGCCUCCGAUCAUGCCCAUCGGCCGCGGCGCCUACGGCAUCGUCUGCUCGGUGUUGAAUUCGGAGACGAACGAGAUGGUGGCGAUGAAGAAGAUAGCUAAUGCCUUCGACAACCACAUGGACGCCAAACGCACCCUCCGCGAGAUUAAGCUGCUCCGCCAUUUGGAUCACGAAAACGUGAUCGCCAUCAGAGACGUGGUUCCUCCGCCGUUGAGGAGAGAAUUUACUGAUGUCUACAUAGCUACCGAGCUCAUGGACACCGAUUUACACCAGAUCAUACGCUCUAAUCAAGGUCUAUCCGAGGAGCAUUGCCAGUAUUUCUUGUAUCAGUUACUCCGAGGAUUGAAGUACAUACACUCUGCCAAUGUGAUCCACAGAGAUUUGAAACCCAGCAAUCUCCUCUUGAAUGCAAAUUGCGACCUAAAGAUCUGUGAUUUCGGGCUGGCGCGCCCUACUUCCGAGAACGAGUUCAUGACGGAGUAUGUUGUUACGAGGUGGUACAGGGCGCCCGAGCUAUUGCUCAACAGUCAGGAUUACACCGCAGCAAUUGACGUCUGGUCAGUGGGCUGCAUCUUCAUGGAGCUCAUGAACAGAAAGCCCUUGUUUCCUGGCAAAGAUCAUGUCCAUCAGAUGCGAUUGCUGACAGAGCUACUGGGCACACCAACCGAAUCUGAGCUAGGGUUUGUGAGAAAUGAAGAUGCUAGGAAAUAUAUCCGGCAGCUCAGCCCACACCCUCGACAGCCAUUGGCCAAACUUUUCCCUCAUGUUCAUCCUUCGGCCAUGGAUCUUGUGGACAAAAUGCUGACAUUUGAUCCCACAAGAAGAAUUACCGUCGAGGAAGCAUUAGCACACCCAUACCUUGAACGAUUGCAUGAUAUAGCAGACGAGCCGGUCUGUCUAGAAUCCUUCUCUUUCGAUUUCGAGCAACAACCCUUGGUAGAAGAACAGAUGAAGGAGAUGAUUUACAGGGAGGCAUUAGCCUUUAAUCCAGAGUAUGCAUAAAAAUUGCAAAGAAGAGUAAUGUUGGUUCUGGUGCAUUGUGUUUGAUAGCCUCUAUCAUUUCUUCUUCCAUGGAGGUUGCUACUGCAAAUCAGAAUUUGGAACAAGAAGAGAGAAGAGCAAUCAGAUUAAACUGAGCGACGUUACAACUGGCGGUGAAAGAAGAAACCCCAAAACCCUGCACUCUCUUCAUGCUGCAACUUCCUGGUCAGGUAAUUACACCUUGAUAGGUCUCUGCCAUUAUUGUAGACUCUGUACCAAAUGUUACAAUUAAGCCCCUCUGCCCCAAAGCUUUCCUGUUGUAAGAUGUGUGGCAGUUAUUGAUUGUUUUUUCCCCUUCCAUCCCGUAUGUAAUAUUGCAAUUUUUUUUAUUUCGUCUUUGGUAUACUUACACGUUUAUAUAACUGAAUAAAGCCUCAUGGUAGUCAAUAGUUAUGAGGUUAUUUUAUUUUGGCAAAAUACACUUGUAUAUGCAAAAUUUUCGCGUUUGUACCAAUAAUAGUCCAAUUUGGAGAAA